AUGGAAGGAGCAGGAGACGACAUCCCCGACGGAUGGACAAAGAAAGUUUCUCGAUCGAGCGGGCAGGCUUAUUACGUAAACCGAUUUACGAACGAAAGCCAGUGGGAAAGGCCGACCAAGCCUGCCAAGAAGCCGUCUAGUGAGAAAGUACAGGCGAGUCAUUUACUUGUAAAACAUCGCGAUUCGAGACGGCCAGCCUCAUGGAGAAACGAAAACAUCACUAUUUCGAAGGAAGAGGCUUUGGAACAAUUGCAAAAAUAUAUUGUCCAAAUCGAAAAAGGAGAACGAUCAUUUGCUGAUUUAGCUAGUGAAGUAUCCGACUGCUCCUCGGCGAAACGUGGCGGCGAUUUGGGUCCCUUUGGCCGUGGGCAAAUGCAACGUCCAUUCGAAGAGGCGACGUUCGCACUGAAAGUCGGAGAAAUGAGCGGCAUCGUCGACACCGACUCCGGCGUCCACAUCAUUUUGCGCACUGCCUAG